CUACUUGCUGGUAUACAGUUUGAAGUAAGAAGGAGCGAGAGAGAAAGAGAAUGGGGAAGAAAAACCAGCAAAAGAAGCUCCAGAGUACGGUCGAGAAAGAAGAUCGAGAAGAGCUCCUGAAUACUCUUGGAGAUUUCACGAGCAAGGAGAACUGGGACAACUUCUACAAAAUCAAAGACGCUUUCGAGUGGUACGCCGAGUGGCAUGAGCUCCGAGCUCCUCUACUAUCUCAUUUACCUUCCCUCGACGACGGAUCCUCAGCUUCCUUGCAAAUUCUUGUCCCUGGUUGCGGCAAUUCCCGUCUUUCUGAAGACCUCUAUGACGCCGGAUUCAAGGCUAUAACAAAUAUUGACUUCUCCAAGGUCGCUAUCACCGAGAUGCUGCGACGAAACGUUCGUUCCCGUCCCAUUAUGCGAUGGCGCGUCAUGGACAUGGCCGAUAUGCAGUUUGCAGAUGAGACUUUCGAUAUUGUUCUUGACAAAGGAGGAUUAGAUGCUCUGAUGGAGCCUGGGAAGGGAACUGUGCUGGGGAGUCAAUAUUUGUCAGAGGUGAAAAGAGUGUUAACUUCUACGGGGAAGUUUAUCUGUCUCACCUUGGCUGAACCUAAUAUUAUAGGUUUUCUCUUUUUCAAGUUCCGUCAUGGGUGGAAUGUAACUGUUUAUUCCAUACGACCCAUAUCUCAGAAGUCAAUGAAUAAAUUUGACUUGUACACUUUUAUGGUGGUUGUUGAGAAAGACAAAUCAGCUAUAUUGCCUCAGAUCUCAUCAAGACUUGACGAUUCUUAUCUAAAUCAUAAUGUCAUUCAGGCUCGUGGACUUCUUGAGGUGCUUGAAAAUGAGAAUAAAUUCCGUACAGAAUAUUCAAAUAGCCCUGAUUUAGUGUAUGCAUUUGAAGACUUGCGAUUGGGAGUAAAAGGGAACUUGGCAGAACUUAACCCAGGACAACGCAUCAAGCUUAAUUUGGGUGAACCUGGUAAAUCUUGUUUCUGUUACAAAGCUGUACUCCUUGAUGCUCAAGAGCCGUCUCCAUCUUUUGAAUAUGUUUGUGGCGUAUUCAUUGUACCAAAGUCUAGGAGUCAUGAGUGGCUUUUUGCUUCAGAAGAAGGUCAAUGGAUGAUUGUUAUAAGCUCAAAAGCUGCUCGCCUUAUAAUGGUAUUUUUAGAUGCCUCUCACACUUUAGGCAUGGAAGACAUUCAGAUCGAUCUUUCUCCUCUGGUAAAGCCACUGGCACCUGGUGUUGCUGAUGCUUUUCAAAUUCCGUUUUUGGGAGCAGGAGAUGGUAUUAAGCAACGUAAAGUGAUUUAUAAGGUUAAAUCUCCCUUGACUGGAACAAUUGUCAUUGAAGAUGUGUUGUAUGCGAAGAAUUGUGACAAGAACAACUUGGAGCCCACAGAUUUAGUAUUCCGUCGCCUUGUUUUUGAAAGAAUGGAGAAUCUGGUGCAGUCUGAAGCUUUGUUAAUAAAAAAUUCUGCGGAGGUUCUUGACGAGUUAAAUGAGAAGAAAGCCAACACAUCAUCCAAAACUGGUAGAAAAGGAAGGCAAGCGCAAAAUGAUGAUCAAGAUUUAAAUAUUGACGAUUGGAGCAAUAAUAACAAUGUUGACCUGAACUACUUGGCAAGUGAUUAUCAUACUGGAAUAAUAUCUGGUUUAGCAUUGAUUUGUCCAUUGCUGGAAAGUGCAGCCUCAAAUGGAAGAAUGGUUAAAGCCAUUGUAAUUGGGCUUGGAGCUGGCCUGCUUCCUAUGUUCCUACAUAAAACAUUGCCCUGCUUGCACAUAGAGGUUGUAGAGCUGGAUAUUGUGGUUUAUGAUGUUGCAAAAGGCUUCUUCCAAUUCAAAGAAGAUGCAAAACUUAAGGUACAUAUUACAGAUGGUAUCGAGUUUGUUAGGGAAUUGGCAAAUUCCGGAAAAGGUGAAGAAGGAAAAGACUCUUCAAAUGAAAACAAUAAGACGGAUAUACUUAUUGUGGAUGUCGACUCUGCAGAUUUAAGUACUGGAAUGACUUGCCCAGCGGCUGAUUUUGUGGAGGAAUCUUUCUUAUUAGCUGCUAAAAGAUCUCUUUCUGAGCAAGGUCUCCUCGUGAUCAACUUGGUUUCAAGGUCGCCGUCCAUGAAAGAGAUGGUUGUGUCGAGGAUGACUAAGAUUUUCAAGCACUUAUUCUGCAUUCAGCUAGACGAAGACGUGAAUGAAGUUCUAUUUGCUAUAAACUCAGAGGAAGAGGAUGUCACGGAGGAUCGCUUGGAGAAAGCCUCGGCCCGUAUGCAGGAACUCUUGAAUAUUGAAAACGAGGAAAUCAGUCAAACCAUUAUCGAAGCUGCACAGAAGAUCAAGCGCCUUCAUUAAAAAAGGUGAUCCCUAUACCAACGGUGCGGUUUGGGAUUCGGAAAAUUUGUGCAAUUCUAUACGUUAGUUUGCUUUGUUUUGCUACAAAUGUGUUCUUUUUGUACUAUUGAAAUUUAUUUCAUUCUGUUA